UCGUACUCCAAGACUUCAAAAGUAAAAUGAUGGUCGCCGCGCUCGAAAGCUACAAUAGAAAGCACCUGGCGGCCAGCUUGCUCAGUUGCUCACUACGCUAAUCUCGACACAAUAGAGAUCCGCGCUCACUAAUGCCAGAAAAAGGAGAUUACAUGGCUUCGUAGACAGUACCAUGGUAAAUACGCAUGCGCAGUUGUCAUACAUCGCUAAAAAUGAAUGAUUUUGAAGUGUUUGUUCGCAGUUGGAUGAUACUGUAUAUAAAUGUGGUCAACAUCACUGGAACAAUCAUUUCAUGAAGAACAAAAUGCUCUGUACCUUUAGUGUGAAAACUUGUGAAAUUUUGAUAUGCGCAUUACGUAAAUGCAAUGCCUCGCACAUUGUUGUAGCAUACGACGAUCGAUGACGGUGCGGCGCACUAGAACCAUCAUAACGUCAUGCAGUGCCUGUGUUGCGUUCUCUAUUCUCGCCAUGAUAAUCACCUGUGCAAACGACCACAUUAACUCAGUUGCAUUUGGCGUCACUCUGUGUGCUGUGAAUGUGAGAAGACUUGGGUGAAGUGGCCUGUGUAUUGUCAACUUGUCCUGAAUUGUUGAAGGCUACACAGACCUAUACCACCUUCCAGUGUAAUUCUGCUUAGUGACGAUAUUGGAUUGGCAACUUGCAGAGUCUGACGCGACAUCUGCGCAAAGGUUUGUGCGCAGCCUCAAACUGUAUAAUAAUGACUCACGACAAAAAGUACACAUGCGACAUCUGUGGGAAGUCGUUCACGCAAAGUGGAAGCCUCAAGCCACACAAGAUGACCCACGCCGGGGAGAAACCAUACACAUGUGACAUCUGCAGCAAGUCCUUUUCAAAAAAUUCUAACCUCAAGCGACACCAGAAGACCCACUCUGAUGACAGACCGUUUAAGUGCGACCAGUGUGAGCUGUCUUUCAGAUUUGGGUUCCUCCUCAAGCGACACGAGAAACUUCACACGAACAGCACAGCAUUAAGAUGCGACAUCUGUGGACAAUCUUACAAAUGUACACAAAACCUCGAGCGGCACCAGAUGAUCCAUAACAAGGAGAAACCGUACGCGUGCGACACAUGUGGAAAAGCGUUCCUGCGGAACCAUUACCUCAAGCGACACAAGAUGAACCACACGGGCGACAAACCGUUUAGAUGUGACAUCUGUGGACGAUCUUUCAAGACUACACACAACCUUAAACAACACCAAAUUACCCAUGCAGAUGAGAAACCAUACACAUGCGACAUCUGCCGCAAGUCCUUUUCAAAAAAAUCUAACCUCAAGCGACACCAGAAGACCCACUCUGAUGACAGACCGUUUAAGUGCGACCAGUGUGAGCUGUCUUUCAGAUUUGGGUUCCUCCUGAAGCGACACGAGAAACUUCACACGAACAGCACAGCAUUAAGAUGCGACAUCUGUGGACAAUCUUACAAAUGUACACAAAACCUCAAGCGGCACCAGAUGAUCCACAACAAGGAGAAACCGUACCCGUGCGACACAUGUGGAAAAUCGUUCGUGCGGAAUGAUUACCUCCAGAGACACAAGAUGAACCACACGGGCGACAAACCAUUCAGAUGUGACAUCUGUGGAUGGUCUUUCAAGACCACACACAACCUUAAACAACACCAAAUUACCCAUGCAAAUGAGAAACCAUUCACAUGCGACAUCUGCAGCAAGUCCUUUUCAAAAAAAUCUAACCUCAAGCGACACCAGAAGACCCACUCUGAUGACAUACAGUUUAAGUACGACCAGUGUGAGCUGUCUUCUAGAUUUGGGUUCCUCCUCAAGCGACACGAGAAACUUCACACGAACAGCACAGCAUUAAGAUGCGACAUCUGUGGACAAUCUUUCAAAUGUACACAAAACCUCAAGCGGCACCAGAUGAUCCACAACAAGGAGAAACCGUACGCGUGCGACACAUGUGGAAAAUCGUUUGUGCGGAAUGAUUACCUCCAGCGACACAAGAUGAACCACACGGGCGACAAACCGUUCAGAUGUGACAUCUGUGGACGAUCUUUCAUGUUUACACACAGACUUAAAAAACACCAAAUUACCCACACAAAUGAGAAACCAUACACAUGCGACAUCUGCGGAAAAUCUUUCGCGUGGAAGGCCACCUUCCAGCAGCACAAGAAUUGCACCCACUCGGAUGAGAAACUGUUCACUUGCGACAUCUGUGGACAAUCUUACAAAUUUAAGGCGAACCUCACGCGACACCAGAGGACCCAUGUAAAUGCGAAACCGUAUGCAUGCGACCUGUGCGGGAAAUCGUAUGCGAAGAAUCAAAGCCUCAAGCGACACAAGAUGACCCACACAGAUAGCAAACAUCAGAUGACUUAUACCAAUGAGAAACAGAACGUAUGCGACAUCUGUGGAAAAUCAUUUGUGCGAAAUGAUAUCCUCAAGCGACAUGCAAAGGUCCAUACAGACGACAAACCAUUCAGCUGCGACAUCUGUGGGCAAUCGUACAAAUUUAAACAAAGCAUCCAAUAUCACCUAAAGACCCAUGCAAAGUACAAACCAUACGCAUAUUGCAGCAUCUGUGGUAAAUCAUUUGUGCAAAAUGAAGCCCUCAAGCGACAUGCGAAGGUCCACACGGAUGAAAAACCAUUCAGAUGUGACAUCUGUGGAAAGUUGUUUGGUUGCAGUGCCUACCUUAAAAAGCACCGGAAAAACCACACCAAAGACAAAAGGGAGAGAGUAUUCGCUUGCUGCUUCUGUGAGAAAGGGUUCAAGGAGAAAAGCAAGCUUCACCAACAUGAGAGGAUCCACACCAAUGAGAAACCAUUCACAUGUGACACUUGUGGCAAAUCUUUCACAUGGAACUCGAGCCUGAGAAAACAUCUUGGGAUCCACACCAGGCAACUUGAAGAGUCUGACGCGACAUCUGCAGAAAUCUUACAUUUUGUGUUCAGCCUCAACUUAUUCAUAAUGCCCUCUACCAGUGAGAUACCGUACGCGUGCGACAUCUGCGGAAAAUCGUAUGUGCAGAAGAGAGGCCUCAGGUUACACAAGAUGACCCACACCGGCGAGAAACCGUACGCAUGCGACAUCUGCGGAAAAUCGUUCACGCAAAGUAACCACAUCAAGCCACACAAGAGGAUCCACACGGGCGAGAAACCGUACACAUGCGACAUCUGCGGGAGAGCCUUCGCGCAAAAUGGAAGCCUCGUGCUGCACAAGAGGACCCACACCAAUGACAAACCGUACGCAUGCGACAUUUGCGGAAAAUCUUUUGCAGCGCCUGGAACCCUUACCAAACACACGAGGACCCACACCGGCGAGAAGCCGUACGAAUGCGACUUCUGCGGGAAAUCGUUCUCGGAAAGCGGAAGCCUCAAGCUGCACAAGAGGAUCCACACUAAUGAGAAACCGCACACAUGCGACAUCUGUGGACACUCGUUCUCGCAAAUUGGAAACCUCAAGAAACACCAGAGGACGCACAACAGUGACAAAUUGUUCGCAUGCGACAUUUGCGGGGAAUCAUUCACGGAGAGAGUAAUUCUACGGCAACACAAGAAGACUCACACUAGCGAGAAACCGUACACAUGCGACAUCUGUGGCAAAUCGGUCGCACUGAACGGAAACCUUAAAUUGCACAAACUGACUCACACCAAUGAGAAACCGUACGCAUGCGACACCUGCGGAAAAUCCUUCGCGCGGAAUGGACACCUCAAUCGACACAAGAAGACCCAUACCAAUGAGAAACCGUACGCAUGUGACGUAUGUGGGAAAUCGUUCUCGCAGAAAGCGAGCCUCAAACUGCACCAGAUGACCCACAAUGAAAAAUCGUUCAGAUGCGACAUCUGCGGAAGACAGCUCUCAAGGAAAGCGACGCUUAGGCAACACCUGUUGACCCACACCAAUGAGAAACCGUACGCAUGUGACAUCUGCGGAAAAUCAUUCUUGUGGAGUUUAUGCCUCAAGCUUCACAAAGCGACCCACAGCGACGAGAAACCGUACACAUGCGACAUCUGCGGAAAAUCGUUUCCGUAUAACCAAAGCCUCAAGGAACACAAGAAGACCCACACGGAUGACAAACCGCUCGGAUGCGACAUCUGCGGGAAGUCUUACAAGUUUGCGCAUAGCCUCAAAAUGCACAGAAUGACACACACAGGUGAGAAACCGUACGCGUGCGACAUCUGCGAGAAAACGUUCGCGCAGAAUUCAGGCCUGAGGCUACACAAAAAGACCCACACCAACGAUAAACCCUACGUAUGCGACAACUGUGGGAAAGCGUUUAUGCACGUAGGAAGCCUCAAGAAACACCAGAUAACCCACACCAAUGAGAAACCGUACGCAUGUGACAUCUGCGGAAAAUCGUUCGCGCGGAAUCCAUACCUUAAGCUACACAAGAUGACCCACACCGGCGAGAAACCGCACACGUGUGUCAUCUGCGGGAAAUCAUUUGCAAAUAAAGGACACCUGAAUCGACACAAAAUGACCCACACAGAUGACAAGCCGUGCAGAUGUGACAUCUGUGGACAAUCUUACAAAUAUACGGAUCAGUUGAACCGGCACGCGAUGACCCACACCAAUGAGAACCCGUACGCAUGCGACAUCUGUGGGAAAUCGUUCGUGUGCGAAGACUACCUCAAAAUGCACCAGAAGAUCCACGACGACAAUAGGGAGAGACCGUUUACUUGUAGCUUCUGUGGCAAAGGGUUUACGGACAAAAUCAAGGUUCGGCGGCAUGAGAGGAUCCACACCAAUGAGAAACCGUUCACAUGUGACAUUUGUGGCAAAUCGUAUAGGUGGAGCUCGAGCCUUCAAAAGCAUUUCAAAGCUACAGACCAUCAUUUGCAGCCAUCCUAACUGUAACUGACGUCAUAACAAUGUAAUUCGCCUUGAAAAUCAUACUUGAUUAAAGAUCGUAACGGGACUAAAAUUCCUGUGAAGUGAUUCUUUCUGGCAAGCUGUCAUUUGGAAGAAAACAGUGAAACAAAACGAUUUCCACCGGUGCGUCUAAAGGCGCAUUUCUGGAAAUUUCCGUUUAGUACAUUGUUUACAUACAUGUAGUUCGUUUUUAAUUCCUCGAAAUGUGCACAAGCGGUGACACAUUGUAUAUACAUUGUAUAUACAAUGUACAUACAUUGUAUAUACAAUGUAUAUACACUGUACAUUGUAAAUGAUAUUAGUUGCUCACAUUUUUGUAGUUUUACAUUUAAUAUUUUGUAGCAUAGGAUGAAACUAACUAAUUUCUUGAGAGUGAGGCAUGUGAGGGUGUCCUGAAUACAUUGUACAGUCGAACACCUUUAUAACAAGGUCCUUGGGUUUUUAUGAAUAAUAGCAUUGGAAAACAUACAAAAACAAAGACAUGGGACCUGAAAUUUUGCUUGUUAUAAACAGGGUCUUGUACAGUCGACUCUCGUUAGUACAAACUCUGUUGAUACAAAAUUCUGGUUAUAACAACCAUAAAGCCCGAGUCCCAACUGUGCAUUUAUAUGCACAAUGAAUGGCACUGAUGUUCCUCUAAAUCCUCUUAAUACACAAUUCUGAUAUUACAAACAGUUUGUGCUACCUUU